UUUUCAUAAAAUUAAAAAAUUUUCUGAAUUAAAUUUAUUCUAGUCUUUAGGAUUGAUGAUCAAUCUAGUGGAACAUUGUAAAGAAAACAGAGAUCAGAUUGUCAGAGCACAUUGCGUUGGAUCAUACGAAACUCCAAAUGAUGGAAAAAAGCUUACUGCAAUAGAAGCACUAGUAGAAGUAUUUUUAGUCAGAUUAGAAGCUGCUAAAAAAUCAGAAGAACAAGCUGAUGCUCUUCUUACAUCUCCAGAAGAAAAAAAAGAAGCUGAAAGUAAAAAAGAUGGUAAAGAAAAUAACGCUUCAUCAUUGCCUCAAGCAUUGCCUGCUGAAGAUCUAGAAGAAACUUUAAUGAAAGCACUUCAGAAAGCAGGGAAGAAUAUGGAGCAUAGUGUUAUAGGAUCAUAUAUAGCACUUCUGCUAGGUUGUGUUAUACAAAAUAAUCAGGAAUAUGCGAAUCUACUGAAAGAAAAAAUGCCAGAAAGGAAGUUUGAUGUAAUGGUAGAAGUUCUGAAAAAAUUUCUUAAUUUUGUUAGUCUUACCGGUGUUGUGGGAACUACUGGUAUUACGUCCAUCCAAAGAGUGGUUGAAGUUCUUGAAUCCAGUUAACAUAGUAAUUUUACAAACACAUGAAUCUUAAUCUACAAGAAACUGCACCAUAGUCAAAUAUAUCUUUUGUCAGUUUUUUUAAAACUGACAUGCUGACUUGUACAUGUUAAUCAUCCGAUUUUGAUGUACAUAAUAAUUUCCAGAUAUAUACAGUGUUUAAUGUGUAUUUUGCUGAAAAAAAAAGUGCAUUUCUUGACAAUUGAAAUUGAUAGAGGAAAAAGUGCUUCAUGUCAUCAUCAUCACUUGGUUUUUCAGGUGCUGUCACAUCAAGAAAGGAAUAUUGUGGCACUUGUUGUUUGGAACCAAGUAUGUGUGUAUGUGCAUGCAGGUGUGUUAUCAGAAACUAUUUAGGAAUGGAGAAAACUUCCCAUUCCAUCUUUUUCUCCUUCUCCACUUCUUUUGUUGAUUCUUUAUGAAAAUACACAUUAUACAACUUUGUUUUAACAAAGAAUAUUAAUGUUUUGUCUAUUUUGUGUAGGAUAUUUAAAAUUUUUUCUUCACAGUCCAUAAUUAUGAAUAUGCAUAUUUAAUUUUGCACUGAAAUUUUUUAUUAUAUAUAUAUAUUUGAGCAGUGGAAAAGAACUUUUAAACAAGUAUAUAUAUAUAUGAUAAACUUAUUCAAAAUUCUUUUUCACUGUAUGAAACAUAGAAAGGUGUAUGUUCUUGGCAGUGGAAAGAAACUGCAAACAAGUCAUCUUAGCAAAUAGAAAUAUGUCAAAGAAUGUGCUGGAUUUUAAAGGAAGAUGACAAUAUUGAAAUUCUAAAUUCAUUUAUUAUUAUUAUUUUUUGGCUUUUCAGUUUAUAUCAUAAAUUGAAAUAUUUUGAAUUUAUAUUAUCUAUAAAUAUAGAAAUUUAUUUGGCAUUUAACAUUUUGU